CAAGAAAAAUAUGCCAUCACAACCACAAAACCCUCCGACCUCUACGCUCAACUAGCCGCCAAAGACAACACCCCGGAACCACUGAAANAAGUCCUCGCCCGAGAACAAGCAAACUAUGAUUGUUUAAGUUGUCGAGUAAUGGCAUUUACCGCUCUAGGUGGCUAUACCUACUGGUCCGGGCACCGCGAACUCUCCUCCCGGUCCCAAGAAAUCGCUCGCAGCGCCUCGAAACUCACAAUGUCUGCUCGACGCUUUGGGAUUACUGGACUAAGUAGUCUGUUGGUGGGAUUGGGGGUUUGGAGGGCGUUCAUG